GCAGCCGCAGACCUGACCACCACGGCUCUCAAGGACCAUGUGGGAUGUCUGCGGAGCCACCGAGCACCUCAUCAGGACAGGCUGGAGGUUACGGCACUUGGGAAUCUGCAAAACACUUGGCCUACUGCAGGCUGCCUGGGACGCCUUCUCCAGACCCGUUCCAACCGGCUGCGGCCAGCUGCUGGCCCAGGUCGUCCUGUGCGCUUGCUUAGCUGGAUCUGCCGCUGGCCUGCUUCACCGCUGGCUCUGCGCCUCGCACCUUGAUCUCCCCGAACCCUCGACCCUGGCGACCGCUGUCUGCGGUCUCCUGCUCUUCCUGAGCCUGGGCCUUGUGCCCCCUAUCCGCUGCCUGUUCGCACUCAGCCUGCCCACCCUGGGCACCCAGCAAGGUCGCCAGCUGCUCCUGUCCUACAGUACGGCCACCCUGGCUGCUGCCGUGGUGCCCAACAUCUUAGCCAACGUGGCUGCCACUGGGCAGGUGCUGAGGUGUGUCACCGAGGGCUCACUGGAGAGUCUGAUUAAUACCACCCAACAGCUACAAGCCGCAUCCCAGACACUGGGCCCCGCCAGCCAAGUGGGCAGCCGAGGCCUGACAUUUGAGACUCAGGGCGAUGGCUCUGCCUUCCGCCGUCACGUGCUCAGGGCCACUCAGCAGAUCCUAGAAGACUUCUCUGGUCUCGAGACUCAGGCCAGGAGGAUAGCAAGGGGCGCCCAGUGGAUGGCCACAGGACUGUUUAUGCUGGGUCUCCUUGCAGAGUCCGCCUGGUACCUCCAUCGCUACCUGACUGACCUGCGGUUUGACAACAUCUACCUGACCCGGCAGCUGGCUCAGCAGCUGGCCCAGUCCAGGGCCACACACCUGCUGGCUUCUUCUGCACCGUCCUGGCUACUCCAGGCAACCAGAUCGAAGCUGUCACGGGAGGAGCUACUAAGCUGUCUCCUAAGGCUGGGACUUCUGGGGCUGCUCCUGGUGGCCACUGCGCUGACUGUGGCCACAGAUCACGUGACCUUCAUCCUGGCACAGGUGGCCGUGGACUGGGCUCAAAAGUUGCCCACUGCCCCCAUCACUCUCACGGUCAAGUAUGAUGCCUCAUAUACUAUCCUGGACUUCAUCCCUUUCCUCUUCAACCAGCCGCCACCCCAAAGUCCCUACGUAUCUGCACAGCACUCCUACCACUGGGAGCUGCGAUUCACGUCGCCUGCCUGUCCACUGCUACCAGCCCAGCGCCCCGGAGCCACUGCCCCGCUGACCGCGGGUGCCCUUCAGCUGAUGGCCUGCACCACCCUGCUGCUGCAGACCUAUGCCUGGCGCCUACGGCACACCAUCGCCGCAGCCUUCUUCCCUGCCCAGGAGGCCAGGAGAGCUGGCCACCUGCGGGCCAGGCUCCAGCAGAGACAUGAGCGGCUCCAGGGCCCUGGGGUCACACCGACCUGAAUGAUGACCUUGAGCCUCCUGCUGUCUCCGCGUGACCUUGGGCAGGUUCACUGCACAUCUCAAAACCUCAUUUCCCAUAUCUGAAAUGAUUGUGCCAUUACGGUUGUGAUCUGCCUUCCACGUGGGUUGGUGUGUCCCAGGAGCACAUGGUCCAGGCCUUGGCGCAGGUGCAGUAAGGAGAUGGGACGCUGUUUCCUUGCAGGUCUGACCCCAUGAAAUGAUCGUAACUAAUGCGUCUUGAACUCGCUGGGAUGCCUCUGAGUUCUCAGAACUUACGGUAAUCUAAAACCUUGAUUUUACAAGUGAGAGUAUUUAUUACAUGUUGUAUUAAAUGCCAUUCCUCUGUUUCCAGCA